AUGUGCACUCAGGUCCUCGGGGCAUCCGGUGAAUUCCAUGUCAUGACAAAGCACUCUUGUGCAAGUACUGCACUUAUUAAUACUCCGUACAGCUCAAGCCCCCGAACGCUGAUUUUCCAGGCCACCAUGCCUAUUGUGGCCAAGUCUUGGGACGGUCAUGACAAUGACAACCCAUCGGCGCCACGACAAGCACCCACUUGCGCGUGCCAAACUCCGUCCUUGCCCGCCAGCGUCGUGCUGUGCCCUUGCGUCGAGAGGACGAAGCCUAGUGCUUCGCGUGAAAUGGCCGUCCACUUUUCCACCAUUUGUGCUGUCACGCCGGGCCGACCACGGAACUUGUACCACGCAAGCACCUGUACUUGCGUGGCCGCGAAAAGUUGGCGGCCCUCCAUGUACUCGGGCGCAGGAGGUACCGACCUCCCGGCCACUCUCUGUAACCAAGUACACACAGCGCUCGCACGGCAAGUACUGUACGUACCGUCCGCCGUCGCCCGUUCCGCCCCGUCGCCCCGGACCCGGACGGCGUGCGGCCAGGUGCUUGCUUAUAUUUACUCCAGCAUCGACCGGUCGCUCGUGCGCCUCGACCUCACCGCCGCCUCAUCCUAUCCUUUUCUUCCCGCCGGCUCCCCGCGCCGCCGCCUGCUCGCCAUGCGCCACUGGAAGUUCCUCCUGCCGUGCCUCGUCGCCGUGACGCUAGCGGCCGACGAGAAUGAAGCGUCGUCGACGCCGGCACCGGCGAUGCAGGGUGCCGAUCUGCCCAGCACCAGCCAUAAUUAUGAUCUCGAUCUGCGCGGCACCCAGUACGGGAGGGUGAGCCUGCAGGCCGCCGGAAUCACCGAGUGGAACGAGAUCACCUCGGGCUUCUCGUUCGGCAGACGGCUCAGCCGCGCCAACCUGCCGAUGGGUCCAAACGGGAGGAUGGCCUUCACGAACACGCUCAUCGUGGGUCUGUAUCAGCAUGGCAUCAGACAAGUCAUAAUCGACGAUCCCGCCGCGGUCGAUGAUGAAAUCGUUGCGGCCUUCAAGCUGAACGGCAUCAAGGUCGUGCUGGUGAACCCGGAGGGCCUGGACUGGAGGGGACUGCACGGCACCUUGUUCAUGGCCUUUCGUGAGCAUUCCUACGGCACCCUCAUCUUGGAGUCGGGGAGGUUCCCCGGCUGGGUCGCCACCGUGGUGCAGACGCAGUCCAUGCGUGCGAGCGACAUGCUACCGCCCUUGACGUUCCAAUAUUUCUGGCGCAACGGCGUCAACACCGUGGCCAUGGCCGACAACCUCCUCGAGUUUGCACGCUUCAUGGUCUCGGACGAGUACACCGUUCCCGGAGACCCCCCCUCUCGGUCCUUGAGCCAAGCGGAGGAGGAGUGGGAGGAUGAAGACUGGUGCGAGGUUGUACGGCCGUCGAGGCCCGGGGCGCCGACGACCGAGGCGCCGACCGCUCCGCCCUCGCCCGGCCGCGGCUGCCUGCCCCUGGGCUGUUUGGCCGUCGUCUCGUGGAUCAGACAUAGGGGAAACCCGCCCCACGACAAACGAUCCGAACCAGCCACCCUCCCCCCCACGGCCGAGCAGAACAGGACGUGCGAAAGGGAGAUGAAUUGGGCGACGCGGCCGAGGCGGACGUGCGACAGGCUGGAGCAGGUCAAGGUCGGCAUCAAGCUCGCUCCCGGCUUCCUCGAGGGCACCUGGGAUUGCCUCGGCCUCUCCUUGCCCGGCCUCGCCGGUCCCUAUCCUCAGGCGAUUGCUUGGAAACCGGACAGCGGCACCGACAAUUGGGCGACGCUCGACUUGGACCGUUGGCUCGGCCCCCGCACCGCCAGCAUCAGCAUCGAUAAAAUAACUCGCGUCAAUCUCACCGUCGAAAAUUGCGGCAACUACAUCGGCAUCCACAACGACGCGUUCAAGGUCGAAGAGGCCUACAUACAGGCCAAGUGCGUCGACAGCGGCCGCAAUGCGAGCUUGGUCUACAGCAGCAUCGCCGGCGAGUAUCAUCACUCGAGGCACGGCCCCAUACUGGAAAUGGGCCCGGCCGAGACCUUUACCUAUCUCCAGGUGCGUCCCGAGUGGUGGGUCAUCACGCCCAGGUGCCAGACCGUUCGCAUGGUGGAGGUCGAGUUCCAGCUCGGAAGCAAUAUGCUGCACACCGACGGUGGCACCUGGGACGUCAUCGCCCUAUCCUUGGGCACCCUCAAGACCGUUCCCCUCGUCGCCCGGCCGAAGGCGGGAUCCGUCAUCACCGACAACCUCGAUCUCGUCACGCUCUUCGGCUCGCUCGAGGUCGACAUUCGCGACAUCACGAGCAUCAAUCUCAUGUCCAUCCCCGGAGACGGCGAUCAGUGGCGCUUCCACGGCAUCACGCUCAAUGCCCGCUGCGCCGACGGGUCGGGAAAGAUCCAGCUGACAAAGUACUCCCACGUGGACGAGUGGGUGAAGUAUAACGCGACGGAGCAGUUUGUCUGGUCCGGCAACGUCACCGUCGGGGACUGGGAAGAUAUGGCGUAG